AGAAGCUUUAAAUGCUGGAAACCUUCUCGGAGGAACUGGCAGAGCAGUAACUAAGGCGGAUGGUCACUAUGCCGUCCAUCUCGUGCCCCCUCUAACCCUCCCUAAUACCGGCACCGCCAUCCCGGAGGACCCUAAAAAGUGGAGACCCCAAGACCAGCACCAUGGAGAAAGAGACGUUGUCAGAAACCCAGAAAGAGCUGAUCCGAAACACCUGGGAAAUGGUGACCCAAGACCAGAUCCACCACGGAACCGUGCUCUUCACCAGGCUUUUCGAGCUGGAGCCGGAGCUGAUUUUCCUUUUCCAGUAUAAUUCUGCUCAUUUCUCCAGCGUCCAGGAAUGUCUCCUCUCCUCCGAAUUCACAGAACACAUCCUAAAAGUUAUGACUGUGAUUGACGCUGCGGUGCGGAGCCUGGACACACUGCCCUCUCUGGAGGAAUAUCUGACCGGUCUGGGGAGGAAACAUCGCACCUCUGGGGUACAACUGGAGUCCUUCAAGACGGUCGGGGAGUCGCUGCUCUACGCUCUGGAGUCUGGACUGGGCGACGUGUUCACAUCUGAUACCCGCGAGGCCUGGAGCCGGCUGUACGCCGUUGUGGUGAGCGCCAUGAGUCAGGGCUGGGGAGCGGAGCCUCCGGGGCAGUGACCGCUGCAGUGUGAACAGGAGCCGAGGGGUCACAUGUAUGUUGUGUGUCCUGUCCGCUCCACGACUCAUGGUAAUAAACUGGAAGAAAUAAA